AGCCUUUGCUUUCAUUUCAUUUCCAUUUAGUUUCUGUCUGUCUUGGUAGUCGUACUGUAUUUAAUAUUACCAGUCACGUUUGUUCGUAUCAAGUAUAAAUGUUCAGAGGAUAAAUACGAGCAUUUAGUGUGCUUCCCUGUGUUAGUCUCCCACUUCUUCAGCUACUUGUCUCCGGGGACCGAACCUUCUCUUUCCGUAGAUUGUUUUAAUCUCAACUUGCACACAUCCCUGCCUCAUAGUUAAGAGGACACUUGAGGAGCAUCACGGUGUUUAUUCUAGAUGAGAUUUUGUCAUACUUUUCCCAAUCACAUUGCUUCUUAUCGUCAGUUAUCACCCUAACUAUUCAUGUUAUGACAACUGUCCUUGUGGAAUAGCUUGCGAGUUUAGUAAACAAAAGAAAAGCACUAACUACCUCACUUGUAAAAAACUGUGAAGCUGUAAUAAAGAAUAAUGAUAAAGAACAGUGGUAAAGCAGUUUUACGCGCAUACCAUUAUUAGUUUUGUAGGCGAGCAAUUAUGCACAUGUGUGAAAAGCGUCUGAUAUUUCCUAUGUUCUUCGGUGUGCUGGAGAUGCUGAAAUCAGAGAAACAGCAAAUAGAAGAGAGGCCUACAUAACAGGCCGGACGUGGAACAAAAUAAAUAUGUUUUAUUUAUUUAAUAUCCUAUUAAUGCGUCGAGAAUGAUUCCGCCUGUAUUGUAAUACCCAAUGUGAGGAUCUCUUGUUAUUAUGGGACCCGUCUGAAGCUGAAAGUUCUCGUGCGGUGGGACUGAAAUAUUGGUUGCUAAUUUGUUGUUAUUUUUAAGGCCUCGCUUCGAUUUUCCGUGGCGUUUUAAUUUUUUUUCUUAAUUGAAAAUACGAAAGAUACAAGGAGAUGCUGUACAUGCUGGAGUAAUUAUUGUGAACUAAAACUGACAUGCUGUGGAGGAAAUUGAAGUUGCUCUCCCAGGUCAUGGUGUCGUUGAACCAAGUUGGUAGUAUUGAUCUGGUGAACUAGUUUUCUCAGGAGUGGCACCCUCUGACAUGGAAAACGAUGAUUUUAGUUUUACUGGUCUACCAUCUCUCACCUCAGGUUUUAAACCUUGUUCCUCAGGGGAUAACCUCUUCAUUAACGGGUCUUCUAUGAACUUUUCUCAGCAUGGAAAAUGUUUGAAUGGAGAUAUGAAUGUUAAUGGCAUAUCUACUGUCUCUCACAGCAGUACUUCAGGGACCUUGACUUCUGCUCAUCAGUCUGUUAUGGGGCGCAACCAUCAGUUCAACAUUGAGUAUGACUGUCUCUGGAGUCUUACCCCAUUAUCUUCUGUAAAUACUGGAAAUUUCAAAGAAGGCCUGAGCAUUCCACACUUUCCCACUGAACGGCAGGAUAAUGAAAACAGUGUGGGACUUGCACACCAAGUUACAUCUGGACACACUUCCAUUUCUGGUAGAAGUGAGAUUUGCGGAAAUUGUGUUCAGGAUACCAUAACACUGGAUUUUGGUUCUAAGGAGCUUUAUACUUCCAGCCAAAGUCCAUACUUAAUGCUGCACUCAAAAAGGCCCUCUGAUUACUUUGUGCCCUAUCCUGCUGUCAGCUUACAGACUACAGGCAGUCAGCCCUUUGGAACUGUGUUGAGCUUGCAGGGGGAUAAAAUUAUUGAACAAUCCAGUGCAUCAUUUAUGAAAGAACCUACCUCUACCAUAACUGAAAAUGAUACUGAAAUAGAAACCACAAACAGGUUUGCUGCCUCAGAAACAGACUUUAAAACCUUUACCUAUAGUGAUGCCAACAACUUUAGUGGAAUAGAAGAGACUGUGGAGUCAUCUCCUCAACCAGCCAUCUCCACAUCUGAAAAUGCAGAAUCUAACUUUCAGGAUGAAGCAUCUUUGCUUAGUGUUCCACUGGAUAGCUCUCAACUCCUGUCUUCCAAAUUGGAGUCUCUUAGUUCUUCUUCUUUAACUCAAGACUCUGAAAAUGAAAUUAAUUAUGACAUGGAAGAGUCAGAUAGUGAAGAUGGGAGAGCAGAACUGGAAGGGACUUUAAAAUUCUGUAACCCAGACUGUACAGAAGAUUCAUCAGUAGAUGAUUACCCUCCUUUCACCAUUGUUGCUGAAGACAGCUGUAAUUCUAGCAUUGUCACUGAAGACAGCAGGAAUUUCAGCACAGUGACUGAAGAUGAUAUGUAUUCCAGCACUGUGGCUGAAGAGAGCGUGGAUUCCAGCACUGUGGCUGAAGAUGUCCAUAAUUCAAGCAUUCUGGAUGAAGACAGUCAGAACGUUAGGACUGUAGCUGAAGACUACUGGAUCUCCACCAGUGUGGCUGAAGAUAGCUGGAAUUCUAGUAGUGUGGUCAAGGACAUCUGGAAUUCCAGCACUGAGACUGAAGAUUUCUCUACGUCUAAUGUUACAGCUGAAGACAGCCUGCACUCCAGCAUUAGCCAGAAGCCUAGUGUUAUAGCUGAAGGUAGCCAGCACUCCAACAUCAAUGCUGCGGAUAACCAACACUCUAAAACUGUGACUGAAAGCAGUCAGCACUCUAACAUUGUGACUGAAAUUAGCAGACACAGUAGUGUUGUGUUUGAAGACCAGCACUGUAGUUUUGUGUCUGAAGACAGGUGCCACUCUGGCAUUUUUGCUGAAGAUGACCAGCACUGUAACCUUGUGGCUGAAGAUGGACAGCAUUCUGGACAGGUGACUGAAGACAGUCACCUUUCUUAUAUUGUCACUAAAGAAAACACACAAUGUGGUACUGUGACUAAAGGCAGCUGGCGCUCUGAAGAUGGACAACAUUCUAGCAUUAUGGCUGAAGAUGAACAGCACUCAUGCAUGGCAGCUGAAGAAAAUUGGCAUUCUGGAAUUCUACCCGAACGUAGUCAGCACUCUGGUGUUUUGACUGAAGGUGGCAGGCAGUCUGACUUUUCUGAGGGCAACCAGAAACCCAGCAAUGUAGACAUGGUUGUGGUACAGUUUAACCAGAAAGGCAGUAUGACUGUAGAAGACCAGCAAAAUGCCAGUACUUUGAUCAAACACCAGGAUAACUCCAGUAUUGUGAUUAAAAAGAAAGGGAGUUUUAAAAGUUUGGCUAAAGAUAACAAACAGUUAAGUGCUGUGAUUGAAAAUUUUCAGGACUCUGUCACUACGGAUGAUGUUGAUCAGAACCCUAGCACUGUACUCAGUGAUGGCAAGAACUCCAUCAGUAUAAAUGAAGAUAGCAGUCCCAUCAGUUUGGGUAAAAGUAGUCCGAAGUCCAGCAUUCUUACUAAAGAUGACCAGAAGUCCAUCACUGUGCCUGAAGAUGGACAGAAGUCUACUUUCCUCUUUACUGCUGCUUCUGUUUCCAUCUUGGAUUCCUGUUGUGACUUUGGCAAUACUGAUGGAUGUCAAAAGUUGGAAACAUUGGAUGUGCAGACCCCUGUAAUGCUAAAGAAGCCUGGCAGAGCCACAGACGUAACUGCUGAUUGCAAUGUUAUGGAGAUUACAACACCCUUUAAGAGUGAAAACAAAGAAACCGAAGCACCUAAUCAGCUAACAAAUGUCACAAUACGCCGUCGACGAAUUGCAACCCAGCAGCAGGUGUGCUUCCCUUUACAGCACGGGUGGAGAAGGGAGGUUCGUAUCAGGAAAGGAAGUAGUCGCUUACAGGGAGAAACCUGGUAUUAUGCACCUUGUGGGAAAAGAAUGAAGCAGUUUCCAGAGGUUAUUAAGUAUUUGUCUCGACAUCAGGUGCAGAAUGUCAGCAGAGAGCACUUUAGUUUCAGCCCAAGAAUGCCGGUUGGAGAUUUUUAUGAGGAAAAGGAAACACCUGAGGGAUUGCAAUGGGUUAUGCUAACUUCGGAAGAAAUUCCUUCACGUAUCAUUGCAUUAACAGGCAAGAGAGGUCGCCCACGUAACACAGGUAAACCACAGCUGAAGGAAAUUUUGAAAGUGAAACGUAGAAGGGGGAGGCCCGCAAAGGUCAAACUGGUUGAUUUAUUGAGCAAAGCAGAUAUUAGACUCCUGAAGAGACUUCAGUCUCAAGAGAUUUUGACUGAGGAAGAAAAGAAGAUCAUCAGCAAGCUCAAAAGGAAAAUGAGAAAAAAGGCAAAGAAUAAACGAAAGGGGGAUUUAGAGAAAGCCAAGAUGAAAGAAGCGAAAAAAAUGAUUAAGGAGGAAAAGGAAAAAGAAAAGGAAGUAGAGGGGAAAAAAAUGACAAUCUGGCAAGCCCGGAAGGUAGAAAGGAAGUUGCAGGUUCAAAGAAGGUUGGAGGAGCGCAAACGUCAGCAGAUGAUUUUGGAGGAAAUGAAGAAGCCAGCAGAGGAUAUGUGUCUCCCAGACCACAAGCCUUUACCUGACUUCUUCCACAUUCCUGGCCUCAUAUUGCCUGGGCGUGCUUUUUCAGACUGCCUCAUGGUUGUGGAAUUCUUACACAGUUAUGGCAAAGUCCUGGGUUUUAACAUUGCCAAAGAUGUGCUUAGCCUUCGUACACUCCAGGAAGGAUUGUUUAACUUUGGUGACAGCACAGGUGAAGUCCAAAGUUUACUUGUGAAACUACUGCAAGCUGUACUAUGUGAUCCAGGUCUGCCAUCUCCUUAUCAGUCUGCUAAAAUCCUUGGCAGAAGGAUAUCUGAAAUUGCAUUGGACAGAGAUAACGUGUCUGAAGUACUUCGCAUCUAUUUGGAGGCUUGUGGAUCUGAAGCAGAAUUCUGUAAAAGCCUGCAGACAGCACCAUUUCAGGCUCAUGAACCAGAAAAAAAGGCUGCUAUCCUUGCCUUUCUAGUUAAUGAACUGAAUGGCAGCACAGUUGUAAUCAGGGAGAUAGACAAAACCCUGGACAACAUGGCAGAUUACAGAAGGAACAAGUGGAUUAUAGAAGGCAAGCUCCGCAGGUUGAGGGCUGCUUUGGCUAAGAAAAUUGGCUGCACAGAGAUGGAAAUUUUCAACAAGGAGGAUGGCGAACAAUGCCCCAACUCAGAGGUCUUGGACAAGAAUAAUUUUGAUGGAGAUGGGUAUGUCAUCAAGAAAAACAGGAUGGAGGAAGAUGAGCAGCAGGAGGGCAAGAAUCUUGCUUCAUCCAGUGUUUUUGAACUGGAAAAACAGGUUGAAAAGUUGGUCAAGCGUCAGAUGUUCUUCCGGAAAAAGCUACUCCAUGCAUCCCAUUCAUUACGAGCCUUGUUACUGGGUCAGGACCGCUACAAACGUCGCUAUUGGGUAUUUCCUCACUUUGGUGGCAUCUUUGUCGAGGGGUCUGAAGAGUUACUGGUGCCUGAUGAACCCGUGAAAAAAGAAGAAAGUGUCAGAACAAUAAUUCCAAAAAUGUACUUGGUGAAAAAUGAGACUGAAGAGUCACCAAUAAAACUUAAGGCUGAUGGGAGAUCUGUCAGGGGUCGUGGCAGGCCAAGAAAAAUGAAAUGUGAGCCAAAUUUGCAAGAGUUGCACAUACAAAGACAAAUGUCCACUGUAACCAGUGAAUUUCCAAAACCACUGCCUUCCUCCAGUUACUGCCCACAUGAUCUCAGCCAGUCCGCUUUUCUGUCAUGGCUAAAUCAGUCACAAAACUUUUUGGGCAGCUCUGUAAAGACUAUUGAAAGUAGGCCUGCAGAACGUCAAUGUAGUUGGAACUCUGCUGAGAAGGCCACAGCCAGUAAUAAACUCUUGCAGUGCUGUACUUCUGUAUUUGAACAUUCAAGAGUUGAUGCAAAGAGCAAAAAAUAUUGGUUCAGUGUAUUACCCAGGACUCCUUGUGAUGCUACCUCUCUAACUCACCCAUCAUCUUACUCUGGACAGGCUUUGAAGCCACAAAUAGCAACAGCUUCUCCUAGCUUUCCAAGAGUUGAAACUUUCAGAAUGUGCACUUUCAACCAGCUAUUUAAAGAGUCAAGUAGGCACACUGUGGAAGGAAGGCUAACCGGAUGUAAGAGUCUACCUGCUAUUGCUUUGCCCAACAAGACAGUUCCCCACACCUGCAGCACCUCUUUUAAGGGGCACAGUACUAAUCCCCAUGUGGUCUCAAAUUCUGUCCUUUUGGGAUUCACUGUGGCAGGUCUACCUAGACGCAGAGGUCGUCCUUCAUCUAGGUUGUUUAAACAAAUCGAACAGAAGUACCUUUCACAGCUCACAGCCCCCCCAAUUCCUGUUGGCAUGCGGAGUGGUUGGUGGCUGAUAAAGUCUCCAGAAGAGUUGGAUACACUGCUAGUGAGGCUUCAUCCUAGGGGAAUCCGGGAGAAGGCUCUUCAUAAGCAGCUCACCAGACACCUUGAGUAUCUUAAAGAGGUGUGUGCACGACCUAAGAAUGAUCCUGUUUUUGAACUCACUAUUGAAGAGAGUACAUUACUGUCAAAAGAGAGGUUACACAAGUGGUCUGUUGCAGAGGAGACAUGCAAAAUUGAUUUAUUUGUUCUUCAGCUGGUUGAAGACUUAGAGCAGAGGGUGGUCCUUUCAGAUCUACAACUACGGGGCUGGAUGUGCACAGACCCUGAUUCCUCAAGGGAAGAUUUGGAGUACUUUGCCCAGAAACUUGAUCCUACAGAUGACUGCAUUUUGAAAAAUAAAAAGGAAAGUUCUGCGAUUGAGAGAAGGCUCACCAACCCCUUGGAUCUGGCAGUCCUGCGCCUGACUGUACUAGAGAAGGCUAUUGAAAGGAGAUAUUUGAAGGAACCGUUGUGGAAUCAGAGCGAGAUUGUUAUAGAGAAGGCAUCAGCUGUCAAUCCUGAGGCUACACAAGACUGUCUUGCUGUGAUGGAAGAGGAAAAUGCAAUUACUCUCAGACUUCGCACAUGGCGACAAACUCUACAAAGGUGCAGAAACUGUGCUCAGGUAGCCCUCUGUAUCCAACAGCUGGAGCAGUCUAUUGCUUGGGAGCGAUCCAUCAAUAGAGUGAUGUGUUUGGUGUGCAGGAAAGGUGACGAUGAUGAAUAUUUGCUGCUAUGUGAUGGCUGUGACCGUGGCUGUCACAUGUUUUGUCAUAGACCACCACUCACAGAAAUCCCUGAGGGUGACUGGUAUUGCCGAGAAUGUACUGCCAAGGUUAGUGGUACAUCUUCUGGAAGAGGCUAUUCAAAGUGGGGAAGGAAGAGGAAAAUUGGUCAUCUUUGGCAUGACAGUUACUAUGAGGCCGAAAGUCCAAAGAGGAGAGUUAUCACAAGGAGUCAAGAAAAACAAAGAAUGACACUAUCACAGAACUCAAGAGAAAGCCUUUCUCAUAGUAAGAAGAGGAAAAUGUCGAAGAAAAAUGAGAGCCCUGACCUCACCUUGUGCGAGAUUAUUCUUAUGGAAAUGGAGUCCCAUGCUGAUGCUUGGCCUUUCUUGGAGCCUGUGAAUCCCAAACUUGUUCAUGGUUACCGAAAGCUCAUCAAGUAUCCUAUGGACUUUGGCACAAUGAGAGAAAAAUUGCUUACUGGAGGGUAUGCAAGUUGUGAAGAGUUUGCUGCAGAUGCUGAACUGGUAUUUGAUAACUGUCAGACAUUCAAUGAGGAUGACUCUGUGGUUGGUAUAGCAGGACUUGCUAUGAGGAAUUUCUUUCAGAGACGAUGGGCUGAACUUUAUCAGGAAAAAUAAUACAAGAAAUACUGAAUUGUUUAUGAAUGAUAAGUAGCCUAAAAUCAGAAUGUAGCACCUCACUUUGCUACUCUCAGAAAAGAAGACUGGAAAAGCAGUUUCAGAAUUAGCUCAGGAAGAUGUGAUACCUGUUGAAUCUGAAGGCUGUCGAAUGGUUUGGAGUGAAAAUGUAGUUCUUCAUAACAUAUUUUCAUGGAUAUAAUCAUGGACAACGCCAAGCAGGGUUAACUAAAUCUGUUGUGGGCUGUAAGCCAAAACAAAAAGUUAAAAAAAAUCUUUUAGCUAAAAUGCUAGAAAUAUUUUAUAGCAAUAGUUUGUGUGAACACCACAGUUUUGUAUUGUCCAAGAAAAGCGUGAAAUGGCCAGUAAAGUGGAUUUUUACCAGAGGUUUAUUGCUUCAGGACAAUGCGCUGGGCACUUUAACUUCACAGAAUGUGCUACUUCCACUUGUCUCACUGUUCUUGCACUGCCCAUGUGGAUGGAAUUCUGCAGUUGGUUUGAAGAGGUUAAAGGAUGACAUUUCUGAAUUUUGUUACAUUUGGCAUAUUCAGAAAAAUCAAACAUGCAGAAUUGUAUGUCUUUUAUUGAUGGAGGCAUGGUAGAGAACAUGAUACAAUAUAUAAGUGACGUCUCAAGUCACCUGUAACACAGAUUAUAUGCAAUGUUAUCUGCUGGUCCAGUUAUUGUUGUGGAAUUUUCUGUGUUCUUAUUUUGAUUUUUGUUUGUUUUGUACUGUUGAUGCCUUGUGUUCAUGGCCGUCACAUGGAAAUAGAUUGGAGUUUGUGACCUUUGACCAAAUAGUUAUCGUUGGGGGGGGGGGGACUAUUGCUAGUCUCUAAUGAUAGAUACCCGACUUAGUCAGCUAAAAACUUUGUUGUCCGAGCUGCAGUAGACUAUACCACAUUCUCUUCACUGUGGAAUUCUAGGAACAACUGCUACACUUUGGGUGUAUAUUUCUUCAGAGAAACGAGUGAGUAGUAACUCUGUAGCAGUAUAAUUUUUUCAAGAAUAUAAUGUACAUCUGAGUUUCUUUUCUACAUAAUGAAUGUACAGGUCCUUAUAUUGUUAUUUUGUUUGUUACAACAAAGUUGAUACUUGUUUGUCCAGUAACUGGAUUAUUAAACAUUCAACAAAAUAUUCAUUUAAAAAUGAAAAUAACAUUUAAAAUGUCAUUUAAUUUGUUGUAUGUUUCUACUUGGUUCCAAAACCAUUAUAUACAGAAUGUAUGCAGUACUUUUAGUAAUUUGGUAUGCAGAUGCUUCUUGCACCCACAUUGCUUUUUUGUUAAUAAGCAAAGAUGAUAGCAGUAGCCUUAUUAACUAUUAUUUGCAAGAAUAUUGACUUGUGAUGGAUAAAUGAUGGACUUGAAGGCCUCUUACUUUAUUGUUCUGUUUAAAUGGCAGCUCAUACCCUUCACCAAACUGCCCAUGUAUUUCUUAGUAUAUGAUGUGUCUGACCUCAGAUUCUAUAUUAAAUCAUUUCUGUUGUGCAUUAGUGUGGCACACUGG